UGUCCGAAUAGACCUAACUAUUACUCACGAGCUUGAUGGAUUAGGUACUUGCUUCUGAGUCUUUCGUGACUCCUACCUGUCCAAAAUCUUGGCGGGCUCAUGUCGUACUGGUAGUUAGUUUGACGUGAUCAGUAAAAUAUAAAGCAGAUGCCGAUUAUAAAAGAGCUAAACACGUGGUUCGCGGCCCACUUUGCUUCUGUGCAUCGCUUCGGCUUCUCCUCUCCGCCCAUCUAGAUUGAUUGUCUUCCUCGGCUCCCCACCAACAGCCAUGCCGAAGAGAAAGGCCGCAGCGCAGGCAUCUGCCGAGCCAGAAACUCCCGAUUAUGCGAAAAUGACCUUGCCCCAAUUAAAACAGGCUCUCGCUGAGAAAAAACUGCCCGUGUCCGGAAAAAAAGCUGAGUUGGUCUCUCGGCUUGAGGGUGCUGCAUCGAGCGCAGCUGCUACUGACACCAGCGCGCCACCAGCGAAGAAGGCCAAGAAGGAACCCAAGAAGAAGGCGGUGAAAGCUGAACCUGAAGCCAAGCCCGAAAGUGCUGCCAGCAAAGCCGUUGCUUCACUGAAAUCUGUAACGGAUGGUGCAGCGAAAAAGAAGAAGAAGCGCAGUCCGAAAGUGGACCCGCAAGUCUUUGGCAGCUGGGAAGUUGUCGAUGACUUCGCUUGUAUGCUUAACCAGACGAACAUCGGCCACAACAAUAAUAAGUACUACGUCAUCCAACUUCUGAAGAGUACCGGCGGUUUUGUUGUCCGGUACAAUGUCUUCACGCGCUGGGGAAGAGUGGGUGAGCGUGGCGACCAGAAGUAUCUUGGCCCAUUCAGCGGACUGGACGAUGCUGAGAAGGAGUUUUGCAAGAAGUUUAGCUCCAAGACCAGCAACCAAUGGAAGAACCGGGAGAAGUUUGUCCCCAAGGCUGGAAAGUACACCAUGCUGGAGAUGGAGGAAGACAGCGAUGACGACCAGGCUGGCCGUCUCGCCUCCAUGGAUCAGACAGACGGUCCGAUUGCAACAAAGAAGACCGCAGCAUGCAAGCUUGACGAUUCCACGCAGAAACUGAUCAAAUUCAUCUUUGACGAGGACAUGUUCAAAGAAGCCAUGAAGGGUCUAGAAAUUGAUACGAAAAAGCUACCUCUUGGCAAGCUGAGCAAGACUCAGGUUCUGCAUGGAUUUGAGGUGCUGGAAAAGAUCGAGAAGAAACUCAAUGGCGAGAAGAUGUCGGAGUCGCUGCAGGAUCUCUCCUCUCUCUUCUACACGAGAGUUCCUCAUGACUUUGGCCGUCAACGUCCACCAGUGAUUUCCAACCAGGUAGUGCUACAGGCCAAGAUGGACAUGUUGAUGGUUCUGGCUGACAUUGAGAUGGCGCAGACAAUGCAGACCGAAGUGAAGAAGGAGGAGGCUGCGGAACUCCCACAUCCUCUGGACGAGAAGUAUGGUACACUCAAGGCCAGGCUGACUUCUCUAAAAAAGAGCGAUCCAAACUACAAGGUGCUUGAGACCUACAUGAAGUCAACACAAGGCUACAGGAAGCUGGAGAUCCAGGACGUGUUUGAAGUGGACCGUGAGGAAGAGGGAAAGCGGUUCUCCGCUCAUGACGGCUUGAAGAACCGUCGCCUUUUGUGGCACGGCACGAAUGUCGCCGUGGUAGCUGCAAUCUUGAAGACCGGUCUGCGAAUCAUGCCACACUCCGGCGGCAGAGUUGGCAAAGGAAUGUAUUUCGCCUCGGAAAACAGCAAGUCUGCAGGCUACGUGCGGUGCGCGCGCAACACUGGCAUCAUGUUCUUGGUGGAGGUGGCUCUCGGCGAGGAGCACCACAUCAGCCGUGAUGACUGGACACUGACCAAGCCACCAAGUGGCAAGGACUGCAUCAUUGCUAAGGGACACACUGAGCCCGAUCCCACCAAGGAUACAAAGAUAACACUCGGUGGCAAGCCAGUGGCUGUCCCGCAAGGGCCUCCACAGCAACAGUCCAUGUGGUCGGGCAGUAGCUUCUCCCAGAGCGAGUAUCUUGUCUACCAGGAGAGUCAGGCUCGCAUUCGCUACAUGCUGAAGAUUAAGUUCUGAACGCGAGCCGCAUACCGCUGCCGUGCUGGCGCCUGCGCUAUCGCGGCGGCCAUGGUCGCAGCUGCCAAUAUAUUAGUCUCGCUUUCAAACAAGUUCCUGGACAAUCUUCUCCAAGUACUCGGUAGAUAGCUGCUGGUACUGCUGGUGAUAGUUGUUUGCAAUUACUUGUUCUGCUGCUACUGCUGCUGCUUUGAGACGGUCUGUACAGUUCGCAUGUACAAACUGAAUCAAGUUGGCAUAGUAUUUUUUAUAGAUAUUUUCUAAUUCUCUGUUAGGUUUGUUUCAAUGCCAGAGAAUCAUUUGACCGUACUUCCCGCUACAUAACCCUGUGAGUAAAUUA